CAGAGCAUCACGCAUGAUAGAUCACACACUCUCACCGCGGCCGGACGGGCCCUGACACUAGGCUGGUGCGGAGAGGCUGCUGGAGGCACGGAAGGUAGGAGGGGAUGGGAGAGAGGGAGGGAGUCCAGAGAGCUUGAAAAGUUUGGGCGCCUCCGGCGGGAGGACCACUGCACGCGCAGCUGAGGAGGCAGCCAGAGGGUGGGAGGGUCAGGUUCAAUUCUUUCUUUUUUUCUCUCUCUCUCCUCCCACCUCUUGUCUCACGCUAAUGUUUAACCUCAUAUCGUUUACAACAAACGGAGGAAAAAAUCCGGAAGAAGAAAACAAGAAGGACAGGUCCAGUGACAGUUGGUGCUGCUUGUCAACUCGCCCAUACUCUGAAGCUAGAGGGCGCUGUGGUGUCAACUCGCCCAUCUUGUGGAGCUAGCUGGCGCUGUGGUGUCUGCUGACACUUUGUAAGAGAGUAUUUGAGUGUGGUGAGGAGUUCUGGUCUUGGAACUGGAUGAGAACUGACGUGUGGCAUGGAGCAAUCGUCCAGAGCCUGAUAGUUUCAUCGCCAGACCUACUUCGCCCCCGCCGCUCUGUGUUAUCUAUAGAAGACAUCUGUAAAGGACAUCAUCGCCUGGUUGAAUAUUGGAGAUACAGCAGUCGCCGACCCGUUGCCCAUAUUGAUUGUGGUCGCCGAUCAUGAUGGAGGCCAAGCACCCGUUCUGCCCCAUCUUCAUCAAGCAGGAGCCUCGGGAUCCCUGCUCCGACAACGACAGCAGCAACUGCAACGCCACCAACCUCUCAAGGAACACUACCACCGCCGUUGUCAGCAGCAGCAGCUGCGGCAGUCUCAGCCGCCUCCAGGACGGCCCUGUCGACUUACGCGCUGUAUCGGCCGUCACCAGGGACCCACAACCUUGGAGCAGCCUCGAUGCCUUGAUCCUGCCGACCUCAGCGGGGACCGGGGUCUGGAGGCGAGGAGAGGAGGAGGAAGAGACGAGGGGUCUUCGAGAGUCAUUCCCGAGAGCUCGUCGAGCAUCAGAACAUCGCGUCACCCGCUUGCAAAUGACGCAACGACGACGAUGGCGUCAGACUUCCGAACUUCCCAGACCAGUGGGGAGACCUGGAAGAUAACUCCCAGAGAGGAUUGCUCGGAAGUCGAGUGACUUUUCCUGCGUUGCGUGUUUCCACGAUGUCCUAGGGCAGUGCGCGCAUCGUCUCCGCAGCAACAACAACAGCGGCAGCGGAAUGCUGCGCGGCGGCUGUUCUGCCGUGUCACAGCUCGGUGCGGUGGACAGAGCCGCGUUCGACGCCUCCGACGAAGACCUGGCAGCUCGUGGCAGCAAGGAACACAAAGUGGAUGACGACGACCUGCUGCGCGAGUCGCUGGCGGGGCUGGGGUCAGAGGGCGAGGUGGCUACUUCACAUGUGAGGAUUGUGACAUGCGCUUCAGUAGCCGCGACACGUACGCCAUGCACAUGCUGCUGCGCGCUAAGAACGAGGCCUGCGUCCCAACGGCGCCUCAGCGCGGCAACGGCAGCGGCAAGAGCGACGUCCCUACCACCGCCGGCGGCAGCCAAAUCACCAUAUCCCCUGCCGCUGCCACCGUCGUCAGCAGCAGUGCAGCAGCCGUGUUGGGUAAACAACUUCCGGCGGACCCGAAGCAGGAGGAGACCGGAGACUUUCCUAGUUUGAACGGUGGGAGUAGUCUGUUUGGCGAACCUGUACGACGGAAAGUGUCGGACCCCGCCUUCUGCUUGGGGCUGGGAUUGGGACUAGACGCGGGUCGAAGUGUGGACUACAGGGGGUCGUGGUGGAGCAAAUACCUACCGGACGGAGCAGAAGGGGUAGCCAUUGGUAGCGAUGCGGAGAGUCCGGUGACCCACCUGCCCCUCGUGUGCUACCUGUGCGGCGAACUCUUCUCCAAUCGCGACUCCUUAGCCAUGCACGUGCUAUUCCACACACGUGACACGCCCUCCACCACCCACACCUCCUCCACCGACGGCAGCAGCCAGUGGCACAAGCCUCUGCGGCAGACUCCUCUUCCUUCUGAGCCACGGCACGUACAGUGGCGCCCCCAUCAGACUCCGCCAGCCACCAACCAGCAUCGCGGAAACGAUUCCUGCUGUCCCCGCAGUCGGUGCAUCUACAUCCGGUUCGGUUUUACUUCACACAUCUCAACCUCGGUAUCCUCAAUGACGUCAGAGUCUCUAGUGCGCAAGGUCGGCGGUGAAGCUUGCAGCACGAUCUCUGGCGGAGAGGACGAGCGAGAUGGCGGCGGGGCCUUCGCAGAAGAAACCUCCCGACGAGAACUGCCGCACGUGGCGGGAGCGACCCCGUUGCUUGGCGCUGCUAGCAAGUCGAGCAGCGUCGCCGUCGCCCUUGACAACCAAACUCCCAGGUCAGGGGAAGGUCAGCGCCAGCCGCCGCAACGACCAGCGAACGAGGCGACCGAGAAUACGGAGGGUUGACCGUCACCCAGAGACCCAAGACAUCGACCCCUGACCUUGUCAAACCUCGGCCUCUCUCGGCUGAUCACGUGGUAGGUAGUCGCGUGCUCGGCGUUUCCCGCAAGAGCCUUCAGGAAGAAUUAGCCUGGGACAAAAACAGGUGGAAGAACCCACUGGAUUCGCACCUGCUGGGCGGAAACCCGUUCCUGGGAGGGAGCAUUGGAGUGCAGCUGGAACCGGCUCGGGCUUCUUGCGGCGUGUACCGUUUGGAUCGUCUUCGAAAACUGCGGACCGGGAGGGGUGGGGUGUAUGGGAGGGCCCCAGCUCGUGGCCGGCCGCCCAUGACGAUCCACGGCAUCGUAGGACCCAGCCGCCAUUACAGACCCGAUCCCUUCCCUUCAGCUCCCACGUCUGACCCUUCCUUUUCCCUAGCAAACACGUCUUUCUCGCGCCUUCCCACAAUUCCGACGUCCUUCGGGCAGCACACCUCCUCCUCUUCAGCGCCCCCUUCGACCCGGCUGGCCAGCAUGCUGAAGUUGCUGACGUCACAUGAUCACGAGGUCAGCGCGUGCCUGCACUGUGAGGUCAUCUUCGCGGAACGCACGCUGCAUCAGCUCCACAUGGGGCUGCACAACGUCAACAACCCCUGGCAGUGCAACGCCUGCGGUCAGGUUUGCGCAUCCAGACUGCACUUCGCCACGCACGCCCUACACUUCUGACGUCAGCCCGGCGCCUGUGUCGUCAUGCUGGCCCGGCGCCUGUGACGUCAUGGCUGGCCCACCGUCACAGUCUGUCUUUGUUUUGGAACAAAUGAACCUGGCGAGGCAGUGUGAGGCGCAGCGAUUCUAAUUUCCCGAGAGAAAAAGUAGCACGAGUGGAACUGGAGCCUGUGGAAAAAUAAAGGUAGUCUGACCUGUUUGUUCUGGAGAACUUGGAGGAGAUUGGUGUUUAUCUUUCCCUCCGCUGUCUGUUCCUUCCUAACCCUCAGGGUCGCUCGGGUAUCGAACACACCAUCUUUAAGUUCGAAUGCAGCUGUGUAACCACUAGGCUAUCCUGUUUCCAUUUUGAUAAAUUUAUUUACAGCUGUGUUGCCGAAGCAUAAAGAUUGCGCGGGAGGAUGUUAAGGACGAGUCUGCAUCUUGUGUUGACUGUAGGUGUCAGUGACCGAUCACACUAAGACAGUAACUGUCAGAGGGAGGUUAAACUACAGAAAAAUAAAGAACAGUUGGAUUUACAGCAGGACUGUUCUCUCAGUCUGUUCUCUCUUUUCGGUGCUUGCGUACGUGCAUGCGUGUGUGGAAAGGUUCAGAUGCAAGCUACUCGGACUCAGUGGGAUGUGAACAGUGAUAGCUGGUGGAAAACAGUGGGCGACCAUACAGGUCACUGCCGCAACAUGUUUACCUGUAAUACUUACCAUACCUAAGGGGCACCAGCUUUACCUGUACACACCUUCCACGGCCCACACACACACAGACACACAGACACACAGACACACACACACACACACAUAUCACACACAGACACUUCUUUAAAGCAUUCUUCGCUGCUCAAUGCCACUCACAAAUUUCUCUUCACUAUCAGUCUCACCCACACUGCCCAUGUAAGCUUUCAUCAAUAGAAACAACUCGCGCCGUUUUCUCAACUGUCAACAUCAGCAUUUUUUAUUCUAUCAACAAACUGACAAUAAAACGGAAUUAGUUUAGUACAUCAUGCAACGCGGCUUGUUCAAUAUUAAGAAAUGUCAA